AUGGGUAAUAAAGAAUCAAAAGCAAACCAUGAAUCCACAACUCAUCAUCAUCAUCAUCACCAUCAUAAUCAACAAAGUGUAUUGAGUGAUCAUAAUAAUAAUCAUAAUGUAAAUAUAAAUGAUAAUAAUAAUGUAAAUAUAAAAGAAAAUCAAGCAAAACAACAACAACAACAACAACCAACAUCAAUAAAGAAACCUAUUUUAAAUACAGAAUCAAGUGUAUUGAAUGAAGAAUCAAUUAGUUAUCUAUCGAAAUAUCUACCUGGUGACGAUUAUAGAGGCGAAUGGCAAUUAUUAUUUUCAUCGACUAGAAAUGGACAUAGCUAUAAUAGAUUCUGUACACAUGUCACUGAUAAAGGUUCUACCAUUGUCAUCAUUAAAGACGAUGGUGGACACAUAUUUGGUGGUUUUGCAGAUGAAGUUUGGAAAACAAAAUUCCCAAAAUUCUAUGGAAAUGAGAGAUGUUUUGUAUUUAGUAUAAAUCCAAAGUUAGAGGUAUACAGACCGACUGGUAUAGAUAGAAACUUCCAAUAUCUGAAUGAAGGUACCACUACACUCUAUAAUGGUGUUGGUAUGGGUGGUGUUCAAUACUUAUUUGGAUGGUCAAUAGACGAAACAUUUGAUUAUGGUGAGAGUAAAGGUUCGGAAGAUGGUGAAACUGAGAAGAGUUCUACGUUUGGUAAUCCUUCACUGUCACACACCAAGGAUUUCAAGUGUGUCUAUGUCGAGGUUUGGAUGGUCAAGGAAAGAGUGCUGACACAAGAGGAGAUAGAAGAGCGUGCCUAUCAAGAAGCCAGAAAGAAAAAGAAAGCCGGUAGAAGUGUAUUAGAGGCAGAAGCCUACAUCUUAUUAGUUUUUAACAGCAAUCAUAGCAGUUCAAUUUUGGUGAAAUUUGAAUUAUAA